UAAUGUUCAGACUCAUGCCACCUUGUAAUAACCACCACACCUCUCUAACCAAUACCUUCUCUGACCUCCUAAUUCUGCUCAUCUUGUCAUUGCCUUUCCUCCACCACCUCCUCCUCUCUCUCUUUCUCUUUCUCUCUCUCUCUCUUUCUUGAGAAUUUGAUGAUUACUUUUUGUUUUGCAAACAAGAAAAGAUGAUCGAUGAUGAAUUUGGAACGGAGAAAGCUCUAUCUUAAAUCCCAAGAACAACAGAAACUUCUCAUUGAAGGUUCUGCUUGGUUGGGAGAGACUCUCAUCCCAUGGCAAAGAUGAAAGGGCUCUUCAAGGGAAUGAAGUACAUUUCCCAGAUCUUCGUUGUUAAGGAACAUGAGAUGGAGAUUGGCUAUCCUACUGAUGUGAGACAUGUUGCACAUAUUGGCUGGGACAGUGGCUCUACCAAUGCUCCUAGUUGGAUGAAUGAGUUCAGGACUGCAUCUGAUCUGGCAUCACCUGCUCUUGGUUUGUCCAGAGAAACCUCAUGGGCUUCACAAGAUUUUGAUCAACCAAGAGGACUUCAACAGCAACCUUCAGGGAUGUUUGCUGACGGUCCUCGGCCGGAGAUUCCAAAAGCUCCGAAGAAGACUAAGAGGAAAAAGUCCAAGUCCUCAUCUCCCAACUCAUCAACAAGAUCAACAUCAAGAACAUCAAGAUCAAGAGCUGGUUAUUCUUCUAUUUCAAUGGGUGAUUCAAAUGAAACAGUAAACCGUUGAUGAGCAGAAAUGCUGCGCAGAAACAUCAUAGUGAUAUUGUUUCAGAAAAUUAAUAACAAUAAAAAAAAAAUACUUUGGCUAGUGAUGAGUUUUUAAUUUUAAUUUACAUUUUGUUGUUGUUGUUGUCGUCUUUGAGAUUUGUUCUAGUUUCUUGGCAUUAGUAUUGAGAAGCCAUUUUAUUAGAUUGUUGGGAAGUCAUUGAGGAAAGAGGAAGUUUAUGAAGAACAGGUUCCAUGCCUCUUUCUCUUUGCACACACCAUUGUUAAUUCCAUGCUAUGAAAAAAAUCGAAUGUGUAUUUUUCA